ACACCACACGUACUGGCUACUGCAGAGAACGCACGCUCUGUCCACCGCACAUCCCGCCCAAAUUGCUGCCGCUUCGCUUCCCUACUCCCUCUGCUACGUCGUCGCUGGACAAGGCGCCACUCCGUCCACCGUUCCCCUCUCACUGCACCUCGCCGCCACCUCGGUUCGGGUCUCUGCACGCGGCCUCACAGUGCGGCUGCUCGGUUGCCGUCGACGCCGCCGGCUGGGUCUCCGGCGUGCUUCCCCGACAGGCUCCUCCACCUCUCAGGUGGUUGUGUUUUCCUGUGUCAGUGUGUGAGCUCUUUCAGUUGGGAGCUGUGAAAGACUGAAGGGGGAGCAACAAUGGCAGAGUUUGUGGUCGGGCCACUGGUCUCCAUGUUAAAGGACAAGGCGUCCAGCUACCUGCUGGAGCAGUACAAGGUGAUGGACGGCAUGGAGGAGCAGCGUGAGAUCCUCAAACGCAAAUUACCGGCCAUCUUGGACAUCAUCCAGGAUGCGGAGGAGAAAGGGGCUUACCGCCCCGGAGUACGUGCUUGGCUCGAAGCACUCAAGAAUGUCGCCUAUGAGGCGAACAAUGUCUUCGACGAGUUCAAGUACGAGGUGCUCCGGCGUGAGACCAAAGAGAAGGGACACUACAAGAAGCUUGGCUUUGAUAUCUUGAGCAUCUUCCCUGCUCACAACCCCAUCGUGUUCCGUUAUAGGAUGGGCAAGAAGUUGUGCAUGAUUGUGAAAACCAUUGAGGUCCUUGUUGCAGAGAUGAAUGCCUUUGGAUUCAAGCACAUACAACAAGUGCCACCAUCCAAGCAGUGGCGCAUUACAGAUUCCAUAUUAAACGACUCCGAGAAGGAUAUUGUGAGUAGGUCUAGAGAUGCAGAGAAGAAGCAGAUUGUAAGUAUAUUGGUCGAUCAAGGUAGUGACAGGGAUCUCAUCGUCCUUCCCAUUGUUGGAAUGGGUGGGUUGGGCAAGACCACAUUUGCUCAGCUUGUCUACAAUGACCCUGCAAUCAAGAAGCAUUUCCAGCUCCAAAGGUGGUGUUGUGUGUCCGAUGAUUUUGACGUUACUAAGAUUGCAAGCAACAUCUGCCAGAUCAAUGAGAUCAAUCGAGAGAAGGCAUUGCAAGACCUUCAGAAAGAAGUAAGUGGGAAGAUAUAUCUUAUUGUGCUGGAUGAUGUGUGGAAUGAAGAUACUGAAAAGUGGGAAAAACUCAAGACCGGCCUGAACCACGGAGCCAAGGGAAGUGCAAUACUGACGACCACCCGUAAUGCACAUGUGGCUCAAAUUAUGAAGAUGUGUAUUCAUAGCCAAGAUCUCAGAAGGCUACAUAAAGAUUUUCUGAAAGAAAUAUUUGUGAAUAGAGCAUUUUGUUUGCAAAAGCCAAUAGCUGUUGAGCCAGACCUAAGUGAUGUGAUUGGCAAGAUUCUGGACAGAUGCGGGGGCUCUCCUUUAGCUGCCAAAGCCUUUGGAUCUAUGUUGAGUAACAAGACUAGCAUAAAAGAAUGGGAGGACAUACUAGCGAGAAUCAAAACUUUCAACGAGGACACAAAAACUUUACCUAUACUCAAGCUCAGCUAUGAUGACUUACCAUCCCAGUUGAAACAGUGCUUUGCUUUUUGUGCUUUAUUUCCCAAAGAUUAUGAGAUUGAUGUGGAAAUUUUAAUUCAGCUGUGGAUGGCACAUGAUUUCAUACAAUUGAAGAAAGGAGACAAUCUUGAAAAGUUAGGCAGGGACAUUUUUGAUGAGCUAACUUGGAGGUCAUUCUUUCAAGAUGUCAAGCGAAUCCCUCGAAGAAAAUGGGAGGGGGAGCUCCGUCCUAGAACAAUAUGCAAGAUACAUGAUCUUAUGCAUGACAUUGCCUUGUCUAUUAUGGGGAAAGAUUGUCUUACUAUAAUUGAUAGGCCGGAUGAGAAGGAGUUGUUGUCAGCAGGCCCUACUCGUCACUUGUUCUCAUCAUAUCAUUUUAUCGGAGGCUAUUUGGAUGAUUAUCUGAAGAAAUACUCUCCAACUCUCCAGACAAUUAUGUAUGCAGAGUACAUUCAGGGAUCAGCACCACACUUGUGUAAGUACAAUCAUCUGCGAGCACUGCAACUCUAUGGAUUCAGUAAACUUCCACUUCAACCAAGGCAUUUAGAACACAUGAGGUAUCUUGAUCUCUCGGGAAACUCCAAGAUCAAGGAGCUUCCCAAGGAACUAUGCAUACUGUAUAAUCUGCAGACUCUUAACCUUUCUUCUUGUCCAAAUCUGGGUCGACUUCCAAAGGAUAUGAAGUAUAUGGCAAAUCUCCGUCAUCUCUAUACCAAUGGAUGCACCUCCCUAGAGUGCAUGCCUCCAGACCUCGGGCAACUCACUUCUCUACAGACUGUAACAUAUUUUGUGGUGGGUUCCAGUUCUGGUUGCAGUACUAUUAGAGAACUACAAUACUUAAAUCUUGGUGGUGAAUUAGAGCUAUCUCGUCUUCAGUAUGUAACCAUAGAAGAUGCUAAAGCAUGCAGCCUUGGAAGCAAAAAGAAACUCACACAUUUAUCUCUUAAAUGGAGUGACAAGAGCACUGAGGAACUGAACCAACACAUGAAUGUGCUUGAUGCUCUCAAACCUCAUGUUGUGCUGGAGUUUCUAAGCAUAGACUCCUAUAGAGGUAUUGGCUUCCCGGCAUGGGUGACAGGUCUUACUUUCCUCGAGCAUUUGACCGAGCUGCACCUAGUGGGUUGUACAAUGUGUGAGGAAUUUCCACAAUUCAGUCAAUUUAAGUCCCUUGAAGUUCUUUUUCUGGAAAAGUUGGACAAAUUGCAAAGCCUGUGCAGUCAGAAUUUAUCUGAAUUAUUUCCAGCAUUAAAAGAUCUCCGAUUAGAAAGUUUGGUCAAAUUUGAGAGAUGGGUGGCAACAGAAGGAGAGGAAUUAACAUUUCCUCUUCUUGAGAAGCUCCAAAUUAUGAACUACCCAAAGCUAACGACUCUGCCUGAAGCACCAAAACUCAAAGUCAUGAAGCUAGAAGAAGAGAAGGCUCAGCUGUCCUUGUCAGUACUUAGAUCCAGGUACAUGUCUUGCUUGUCUGAGUUAUCCAUGACUGUCAGUGAUACAGAAGCAACGUCGACACCUGAGCUUGAUCAGGAUCGUGAAGUAUCUCUUUCAGAACUGGUGUUGCAUGGUUGCAGCUUUUUGUAUCCCUCGAUUAAAUCGCAACUUGCAGGAAACGGAGUCUGGAAAUGGUUUGAUCGGCUUGAGGAUUUGGUUAUUAGUAACUGUGGCACGCUCAUCUACUGGCCUGAAGAAGAGUUCCGAAGCUUGGCAUCAUUGAACAAUCUUUCCAUUCGUAAAUGCAGCUAGCUAAUAGGUCCCAACCAGGUAAAAGGACAUCAUACUCAAGGAAGGGAUCGUAUCCUGCCAAAUCUAAAAGACCUAAUUAUAUAUGAUUGUGAAAGCUUGACAGAGCUUUUUGUUCUUCCCGCAUCUCUCACGGAUAUUACCAUUAAGUCCUGCGGUAGUCUUGAGUCCAUUCUGGGGCAGGAUGAUAGAGAGUCGGAGAGUCUACCACAGUUCAAUACAACAUCAUCGCCGGAAUACUGCAAUGACCUUGCAUCCACAAGUAUGCCAGAGCAGUCACCAUCACCAAGUACUAAUCCUUUGCCAUGUCUCGAGAUUUUAUAUAUGAGUGGCUGUAAGAAGCUUCGUUUGCUGCCAGCGAAGUUGGAUAAACUAGAAGGUCUACUUAUUGAGGGUUGCAAUGGGCUGACGUCGCUGGAUUGUUUGGGACAGCUGCCAUUUCUGAAAACACUAGUUCUUCAUAAAUGCAAACACCUACCACUACCAGGUAGUGACGGGAAUUACUCAGCCCUUCGGAGCCUCACCAUUCAAUACUGCCAAGCUAUAAAUAUGAAAACAAUUUAUGGGCGUCUCCAACAACGGCUCCAGAGCCUUGAGUACAAGAAUCUAGCUCACGCUGUUUCAUGCGAUCCAGAUGAAGGGCCUAAACUAUGGGAACCAAAAUCCUGGAAAUAUAUGGUUCCUUCACUGCGCAAGCACGAGUCUGAAUAGAGGUACACAUACCAUGGCCGCUCCUGUCCUGCCCAUACAAGUUCUGAACACAAUUGGUAACUGUCCUCUUCAUGGGAGUCGAGUUCUUUUAUUUGCCUGCUCCCUCCGUCAGCUCUGCUGAAAAUAGGCCACUCCAAGGCCUGAAGCAUGGACAAAAUGAACUUCAACUUGCAGAACUUCAAAUUGCUCGAGCUGAAUCGUAUUUACUUUGUGCAGAGCAAACAAGCAUGUCUUGAGCAAAUCGUGUCUGAAGCAUGGAGUAUAAGUGUACUUGCAGUUACGUGCUGGCGAGCCUUUAGUUUUCCUUGUGUACUUACAGUCCACCGUAAUACGAUGUGCGCUAUUUCACAUCUUUUUCAUAACCUGUAGAGCAGAGCACGAUCCUGGUUAAUGCAGACAUCUGGUUAGUUCGGA